CCCCUCCUCUCCUGCUGCUGUGGUGCGCUGCAGAGUUGAAGCGCAACAACCCGGAGAGCGCAGCAGCAGCGACUUCACCGCUGCAACUUUGAUGACAGGGUUUUUUUUGGAGCCGUCGAUGAGCGCGUUUGAAGUGCCUUGCUGGUGAAGACAAGGGAGUCGAGUCUCGACCUGCGGUUCCCCCUCUACCAGUCGGAUCAGAAUGAAUCUCCUGAUUUGUGUGAUAGCAGUCGCCUUGGCGGUGGGAUCUACGCACGGAGGUACCAAGUUUGACGAGCCGUGUGCAGGCCUGGACUGUAGCGGAGGAUGCAAGUGCAACCCAGAGAAAGGCAGCAGGGGUCGUCCUGGGCCUCUCGGGGAAGUUGGUCAGAGUGGAUCAGAAGGGCCACGUGGGCCCGUAGGGCCUGUAGGGCCUAAAGGAGAGAAGGGCCACAUUGGACUGAAAGGACCAUCUGGUCAAAAAGGAGACAAAGGGCCUAUGGGAGUUCCAGGGUUCCAAGGAAAUGAUGGAGUACCUGGUCACCCUGGUCUUGAGGGUGGCAGAGGACCAUCAGGACUGGACGGCUGUAACGGGACCAGAGGAGAUCCUGGACCGCCUGGCUACGGACCACUCACUCCAGGACAACCUGGAGCUCCUGGAUUUUCUGGGCCUACCGGGCCAAAGGGUCAGAAAGGAGAACCUCGAUUCAUCUCGGAUGCAGGCUUCACGAGUUUACCAGGUUUACCAGGACAGAACGGUCAACCUGGUAUCAGAGGUCCUGAUGGUCCACCUGGUUUUACUGGUCCAAGCGGCCCUGAAGGAUACCCUGGCCCGCCUGGUCCUCCCGGCCCCCCAGGGCCAAUGGGGAGCCGUAGUGACGGAUAUCAAGGAGAGAGAGGAGACAAGGGCGACGUGGGUCUUCCCGGGCCCAGUGGUACUCCCGGCGACGGGUCACUAAGAAGCGAACAAACUCUCACUAUCUACAAAGGAGAUAAGGGUGAACCUGGCCCAAAGGGAAUCAGAGGAUUUCCUGGCAGCGUUGGCCCACCAGGACCUUUUGGCUAUCGCGGUGAACCUGGAGAGAAAGGCAUUCCUGGAUACCCCGGCGGAAGAGGUGCUCCUGGUUUUAACGGGCCUCCUGGUUCUCCAGGACAACAGGGAUAUACAGGCAACCCAGGUUUCCCCGGGCAACCAGGAUACAUUGGACCCAAGGGAGACCAGGGAGACCCCGGACCACCAGGACCUCCAGCUUACAUUAGUAAUUAUGGCACUGCUGUUCAAGGAGCACCGGGUGACCCAGGUCUUGGCGGAUAUCCUGGUGCGCGUGGUGACCAGGGACCUCCAGGAUUCCCAGGACAACCAGGCCCACCAGGAAUUGCUUAUGGUUCAGGCCGUGGCGGAUCCCCAGGUUUUCCUGGAACCCCAGGCCCGAAGGGAGAGAAAGGUAACGCAGGCGUACCAGGCUAUGGCUCCGAAGGACUCCCCGGCUCACCUGGGCUCCCCGGACCCCCCGGCUCUCCUGGACCUCAGGGCCCCUCUAGCCUUGCCGUUGGUCCCUGUGUCAUCGUUCCUGAGUUGGUGGGUCCCGAAGGUUCUCCCUCAGGUAUCCCCUCUAGUUUUCCUGGACAGCCCGGGUUGCCUGGCGCCAGAGGAGAACCGGGUGGCCCAGGAUACAAAGGCUUUAGAGGUGAUCCUGGCGACUGUGCCUGCGCAGGAGGAGGCACCUCAGGGUUGCCUGGUUUACCUGGCGUCCCAGGAAGCAAUGGCAACCCUGGCUAUCCUGGAAGAAAGGGUGAGCCUGGUGACUCCGGUUCACCCGGUUUUGGUGGCGUUCAGGGACCUCCUGGUCGUGCUGGUGACAGGGGUUACUUUGGUCGUAAGGGAGAGAAGGGGGACUCUUACUAUCCCACUCUGGGUUUGGGGGUAAAGGGAGAGCUUGGCGCUACUGGUCCCAGAGGACCUACAGGUGAAACUGGGAAACCUGGCAGAGACGGACUGCCUGGCUUCCCCGGAGGACCUGGACCCCCUGGUGACGCUGGCUUUGGCACAUAUGGGGAGAAAGGUUUCCCAGGGUUCCCAGGGCCUAAGGGUCGUCCUGGCGCCCCUGGAGAUCCCGGUGUUGGCUACGUCGGAACGCCCGGCUUCCGCGGAGAUGCCGGAGACCCCGGUAUACCUGGGUUACCAGGCCCACCAGGUUUACCCGGACCAAAAGGUGAAAACAGCUGUGGAAGGGUUAAUGACGCCGGAGAGGGAACGGGCCAAGUGCUACCUUGCUCCAUACCUGGCGAGGCUGGAGACCCCGGUUACUCUGGUUUUCCUGGAGGACCAGGUCCUAAAGGUCAGCCAGGUUUCCCAGGAGGCCCUGGGCGUCCAGGGUUUGACGGUGCCAAAGGAGAGAGAGGAGACCCCGGUUUUGGAGGCCAGCCUGGCCCACAAGGUUUCCCUGGACCCAGAGGGGACCCUGGAGUUCCGGGUUCUCCAGGACAGAGUUUUGACGGAGCCAAGGGGAAGGAUGGUGUUCCAGGGCGUCCUGGAGGCAAGGGCGAGCCCGGAGAGGUACUGGGAGCCACACCUGGACGUCCAGGACGGGAUGGUUUACCAGGAAUCCCUGGAGACAAGGGUCAGCCCGGGACACCAGGAGGACCUGGAUCACCUGGUGGUGACGGCCGUUACGGUGUUCCUGGACUGAAGGGAGAGCGUGGAGUCGACGGCAAUAAUGGUAUUCCCGGUCCUCCCGGACCUCCCGGCGAUCCGACUGGUGGCAUCCCCGGUCGUCCUGGAAAUCCUGGCAACCGGGGGCUGAGCGGAUCACCAGGUUUCCCUGGUCGCAAGGGAGAACGAGGAGACCCAGGUUUCCCAGGCCCUGCUGGAAUGAAGGGAACCCCAGGACUGCCCGGCACCUCUGGAACACCCGGGCCAAGAGGACCCCCUGGACCUCCAGGACCAGGAACAGUAGACGGAAUCCCAGGAAUACCAGGAAGGAAGGGCGACAGGGGUUUCCCAGGACUUAUGGGUUUCCCUGGACUGCCAGGUCGCCCUGGAACCCCAGGGUUUCCUGGAGGGAAAGGACUGGCUGGUGGACCCGGAAGAGACGGACGCUCCGGUGGUCCCGGAUACCCCGGACAGAAAGGUGACAGAGGAUACCCCGGUCUCCCCGGCUUGCCCGCUCCUCCUUUUCGAUCAGAGUUGGUAGAGAAAGGAGAACCCGGAACCUACGGAGGCAGCGGCCUUCCUGGAUUCCCCGGACCCAGAGGUGACAAAGGUCUGCCAGGUCUGCCUGGUCGUCAGGGUCUGCCUGGACUUCCUGGUUAUGCUGAGCAGAGCAAAGGACAGCCGGGACAGCCUGGGUUUCCUGGGAGACCGGGAUCUCCAGGCUUCCCCGGACCGAAGGGAGAAGCUGGAAUCGUGGGUUUCCCCGGCACCUCUGGACCAAGGGGUGACGACGGCGCACCUGGUUUCCCUGGCAACCCUGGAGAAUUUGGUCGGCCUGGCAGCAAAGGUCAACCCGGGGAUACAUUCGGUUAUCCUGGAGGUCCAGGAGCUAAAGGCCAGCCAGGAGAUCCAGGCUUCCCAGGUGGCCGUGGAAAUGACGGCUCCCCCGGUGACAACGGCUUCCCAGGAGGUCCAGGUUUCCCUGGAGCGAAGGGAGCUCCUGGUGAAGGAGGACGGCCUGGAAUAAUGGGCUCCCCUGGUUUCCCCGGGCCGAAGGGCCAGUCUGGCUACCCAGGAAGAAGAGGACUAGAUGGUUCUCCUGGUCUGCCUGCAAGUCCUGGAGGUCCUGGAGCCAAAGGUUUGUCCGGAUCCCCUGGUUUGGAUGGACUUAAUGGCCUCCCUGGACCUAAAGGUCUCCCUGGAACCCCAGGUGUGAGUGCAGGAGGUCGUCCAGGUUCCCCUGGUAUUCCAGGGUUGAAGGGAGAGAGAGGCGUCUCCUACCCAGGAGGUCCAGGUUACCCCGGACCAAAGGGAGAGAGAGGAGACUCAGGUGCUCCUGGACUCACAGGGUUCCCUGGGCGGCCCGGACCUCCUGGUGAGACUUUGGGAUCAGAUAUUCCCGGACCUACUGGAGACCCUGGCCUCCCUGGACUGGAUGGAGAGUAUGGUUUUCAAGGUCCUCCAGGUCCUCCCGGGCCGCCUGGUCCAGGCACAGACCAGGGAGACAGAGGCGACCCAGGGCUCCCGGGCUUCCCUGGCUCCCCCGGCGGGAAAGGAGAACCAGGACGUCCCGGAGGGUCUGGACUCCCUGGCAGCCCCGGUUUCAAAGGAGAACGAGGUGAUACUGGCUACAGUGGAGGUCCUGGUCUCAAGGGUUUCGCCGGUGAGCCUGGCUACUAUGGAAACAAAGGACCAAAGGGAUUACAAGGGCCUCGUGGUGCUAAAGGUCUUCCUGGAAUCACAAUGAAUUUGCCACCGCCAGACUUCACACGUCAAUUUGGAGAUGCAGGUUUUCCCGGUGAAAACGGAGGCUCCGGUCUCCCUGGAGAACCCGGUCAGUUUGGACUGCCCGGACGUCCAGGUCCUAAGGGUCGUCCCGGUCCCGUGGGCAAACUUGGCAGGACCGGAUCAUCUGGUCUCCCUGGAACUACCGGUGACCCCGGACCCCCUGGUUUCCCUGGACCCACUGGAGAACAAGGUCUCCCUGGCUCAGCCGGUCGUCCCGGCGCUCCCGGCAGCGUCGGCCGCAGUUACAGCAUCGGCUACACUCUGGUGAAGCACAGCCAGGACUCCCAGGUUCCCAUGUGUCCUCAGGGCAUGGCCAAGCUUUGGGAGGGAUACAGUCUGCUGUACGUGGAGGGACAGGAGAAGGCACACAACCAGGACCUCGGUCAACCAGGGUCGUGUCUCCCUAGAUUCAGCACCAUCCCCUUCCUCUACUGCUCCCCCAGCGAGAUCUGCUACUACGCCAGCCGCAACGACAAAUCCUACUGGCUCUCCACAACUGCGUCCAUACCCAUGAUGCCCGUGGCCGACCAGCAGAUACAGCCUUACAUCAGCAGGUGUUCUGUGUGUGAGGCUCCGUCUCAGGCAGUGGCGGUCCACAGUCAGGAUUUGUCCAUCCCCAUGUGUCCCCCCGGCUGGAGGAGUCUCUGGAUAGGAUACUCCUUCCUCAUGCACACAGCAGCCGGCGCCGAGGGAGGCGGUCAAUCCCUGGUGUCUCCCGGCUCCUGCCUGGAGGAUUUCCGCGCGACGCCGUUCAUCGAGUGCAAUGGGGCCAAGGGCACCUGCCACUAUUUCGCCAACAAGUACAGCUUCUGGCUGACAACCGUGGAUCCCAACCAGCAGUUUCUCUACGCGCCAGGACAGGAGACCCUGAAGGGAGGCCAGGAGCGCUCCAGAGUCAGCCGCUGCCAAGUCUGCAGCAAGAUCUUGUAGUAGGAGGAGGUGAAUGGAGGGAGGUGAUAUAUUAACACCUCAAAGGAAAAUAAAAAAGGAGGUGUUGAGGAUGGAGGAUGAUUUACAAAGAAAUCUAUAAAAACAAGAACAUGUGACUGACUGAAAAUGAGCCCCUCUUCUGCUUCUCUGGUGGUUUCAGAAUCGAGUCGAACAACAUCACCUGCCCCGUUUUUAGAGUUUUUGAUCUGCUUUAGAAAUGAAUGGCUUGUUUAAAAAUUUGGAGGGAGGAAAUGGAAAGAGAAGGGCUCCAGUGGGAUUGCUCUUCUCUAGAUUAUCACUGACAAUGGUGCUAUUGUUUAUGUUCUUUGUGUUUAUUUUGUGUCUGUUUUUCUCGUUACGGUUUUGGCGAGAACCAUUCUCGGCUACCUCGGAGAGUGCCACCCCCUUUGGAUAGCACUGCACCGCUUACACACACACCAGGGUCUGCUUCAGAUGAGUCAGUUCAGACAGUAAAGUCAAACUCUGCUUUUUAAGAAAAAAAAAAACUUGGCUGAAUCUAAGGUGUUAGCAUUAUUUUCUGGACUGAUCAAACUGAAGUAGAUGAUUUUGGUUCAGACACACUUAGAGUGAAAAGGCCACAACCACUUUCACUGCGGUUAUGUCACAAAUUAUUUUAAGAAUGUCACCCUCUGAAAACAUACAGGUGGUUUUGCAUUUUUAGUUAUCAUUUCAUUACUAUGCUCAGAUUUGAGACCUACUUGAGGUGAAGUGAAGCAUCAUAGUGAACAAUUAGUGCGCUAUUUUGUCUUUUGAAAGAUGCCUUAUUGUUGUUGUUUAUGUCCGUCUUCGUGCACGUAAGGAAAAGUGUCCAAAAGUAUCCGAGAUGUGAAAAUCACCUGCUGAAGUGCAACUUUUUCAAGCCAAUUUACAGUAUUUACUCCAUUUUUUUUUAAGAGAAAAGCUGCAAAAUGUAUAAACACUGAGGGAGGAAAGAGAAAGAAAGAAAAGUAAGCAGCAAAACACACUACCUGCUCAGUCAGUACUUUAUAUUUUAAAAGACCAACAGCAAUUUUUCUAUAUAUGUCAAUGUUUGCUCAUUAUUCGACUUUCAUUUCAACGUAGAAAAUAACAUUGUCAGGUGUCGACUGUCAUAUUACAGAUAUUGCAGCUUCAAAGUAAGAGUUCCCGGAGCAGUUGCUGCUUUUAAUGAAAACAUACACAACAAAAAAAGGCAACUAAAAGUUUGUUUUAAUGGAUUUUUAUUGAUUAAAGCAGGUUAUAGUUCUCUUACAAGUUGAUAGAUUAUCUUAAACCAAUGAUGGCCUUGAAUUUAGGACAUUUAUCUAAAGCAUGUAAAGUAUGAUGAGCAAGGAAGUUCAUUCUUGACCCAGGAAAUAUUACUUUGACAAAAUAAGAGCUUUUAUUAUGGUUGUAUGGGUAAAGUCCAUCUGCUAGUUGAGUUAAUAAUAUUUUGUCAAACUUAAGGAAACAAAGAAAGAAGAAAAAACAUGCAAAAUUACCAUCGCAGUGCAUUAACUUUACUAUGCUUUUGUCAUGUUACACAUACCUGUUGUCUCUGUAUUUAUCACGUUCAUAUAUAACUCUAUGGUGCUACAAUACCCUGACAGUUGAACUGAAAGGCAACGUUUAAAAUAAGUUCUCAUUAAUCUGCAUGCAUUAAACCGGCUAACCAGCACUUUUCCUCUAAAAACAGAACCUCCGCAACAGCUGACUGUCGUAAUGAAUGACUUGAAUGAGGCCACCCAUUCAUAUAUAUAUUGCACUGAUGUGAACUCAUAUACAAUAAACAAGUCAAAUCAGCAGGCAUAUAUUUUACUCUACAUCUCCAUCUUCACAGGCUUUCAUCUUUAUGUUGUGACCAAAGUAGUGUUUUUUUUAUUAAAAUCCCAGUAAACCCUUCAUUCACACUACAUUUAAAACAGAAAACCAAACACACACUCUCUGAUAGAUUGUUAAUUAUUGCUGUACAUAGUGCUUCCUGUAUUUCCCAGCAAAGUAUGUUAGAGCAAAAGUCUAUAAAGCUGUUUCACUCUUCAUUUUAUUUUCUUCUCUUUUUUUCCAGUCUAUGUGUCUUUUCUCUGUCCUUGGAUAUGAAAGAGGGGGAAGUUUUCUGCCUGUGAAUGUAGAUUUUGCAGCCAUAUUUAUGAAUACUGAGUUGCAGUAGCGCGCAAAGACAUCUAAGAUCAGACUUUAUCGUUUUUUACAUUGGCUUUGGUUUGCAGUGUAAAUUAAAAGUGUGGAUUAAGUGAAACAUUCUCCUCUUUGACAUUAUCUUUGGACAGUGAAAGCUACUGGGUGACUUGUAACCACUAUGACCACUGUGUCGAGCACAUAGCUCUGUCUCUCUGCUGGUAGCCAUGAUUUUAUUACUUUGUCACAUUUUACUUUUAUUUUAUUUUAUUUUCUCUCUCUUUUUUUUUUGUCAGCCUUUUGUUGUUUUGUAAUCUAGAUUGUAAUUAUUUUACGUAAGUCAUGAUACUAUCCCCUGGUUUUAUUUACUGAGAUGGGAGGGAAUGGGAAGAUAAUGAUGUGUACAUUAAAUAUUAUGGAAUAAAAAAAUGCCUUUAGGAUUGUGUUUUUAUAUGGAAAAUAUAUUCACCACUGAUGAUUUAACAGGCGUAACUGUUUUUAUUGUCUGUUUGGUCUUUACCCACGUUCCAAACCAAGAAUGAACUGUAAGUGCCUGGAGUGACGGAAAAGAAAUGCAGUUUUUCCUCAAAGAGGAUCCAUAACAAGAAUUGGAAAUAACAUGUCUGUUACUGUAAUGUGUAUUUCUGUGCUCACACACUUUGAAAUAAAGUCUCUAAACUAA